AUGACGACGAACAGACCAUUCUUCGGCGGCUUCCUGGCGGCUUUUCGAGCGCAACCCGCCUUACAGAAAGCCGCGACGUCACAGGCAACAUCAGUGGCCUCCUACUCCCAUACCGCCUCAUCACCGCAAAGCCAAAGUCAUGACCCGGCAACGACAACACGGACAAUAACCACAAAGACGCGCUCACCAUCACCGGGCCCAACAACAGUAUCCGUACAAGCAACAGGCCACUUCCAGCCAACGAGGCAACACGCUGCACCAUACCACCGCUCUACAUCACCCAGAGCGAAAGCCUUUCCCAUACCAGGCGCGUCGCAACGAAGUAGGAGAGGCUCAGACAGCUCAUCGGAGGGCUUCCACGAAGUCAUGGGCGGGGAGAAGUGGUACAUAGGCGGCAGGACCGCAACUGGGGAAGAGAAAUUCUACAAGCUGGGCAUGGUGAAGCGACAGAGGAGCGCGGAUCGGUUGAGUCUGGACAAACUCAGUAUAUAA